CACAUCCUUUCUCGGAGCUCUGCUCAGAGAUGCACCAACGAAGGAAGGCAAGUGUUAAAUUCAUGCUUGGAAGUCUGCUACUGUAUCAAUGGGAGAAUCCAAAACUGCUGCAGAGUACGGAAACACUUCACAUCUAUGACAGAGGCUGAACGAACACGUUAUGUGGAAACCGUACGACGGGUCUCAACGGAAAGUGCGUAUCGCCAGGAGUAUCGUCGUAUAAUAAAUAUGCAUCAAAGGCUUUUCAGUACAGGAAUUCAUCAGAAAGACCAAUUUCUACCAUGGCAUCGAUGGUAAUUGACUCACAAUGCAACUUUUCCCUUAACAUUUAUUUUUUUAUCAUUAACCUGUAUAUUCCAAAUACGGUUGCCAUUCCGUCGAGUGUCAAUACUGUCUACAGGCGGCAGGAUUAACAGUCGUUUUUUUUCUGAAAUGUUUCAAGUCAGCACAACCUGCCACCGUGUGCAAAAAAAAGUUUGCUUUUACACCACUGGGGGAAAAGAAAGUCUUGAGGGAGAAGUCAAGUGCUCACUUGUUCGUCCUGAGCAAUCGAAGCUAACAUUUAGAGGGAAAAAAGUCAUAGAAAAUAAUCUGACCUUGAUUAUAUGAUGAUUACCAACUUCUCAUGCUUGUGAUCUAUCAUUUAAGAGAAUCUUCCAUUAUUCCUUGGUUGAUCUCAGGAGCUCGCUUGUGUUUCAAGACGUACGGGCCUGAAGCCAUAUCUUAAAAUCAACAUAUUUUCAUUUUCCCGGCUUUAAUCAGUCUAUGGCUAUGUUCUCACUAAGCGUUUGCACCGGGACGAAUACCAUGCAUACCUGCUAGGACUUCUGCACACGCAGGAACGGUGAUUUCUGUAACGGAGCAUGAAUGUGUCGCGCCCUCGCCGAUCUGGCUAUAAAGUGAAGAGUCACAUAUCAGAUAGGUGUUCAUGGCAGUACUAUAGCUAAUAGGGCUUUUCGAGUCGAAAAACAAUCCGGUGAAGUGUGAACACAACCUAAUAUAUAUGAAAUGCAAACAUGGCGAGCAUAAAACAAAUUUUGUCGCCAUAUCAGUACAAAAAAAAACCGGCUAUUACCAGAAAGGGGCAGACUGAGACAGACUGAGACAGACUGAGUAUUUGUUGCAUAUAUGACCAAGAACGAUCACAAAAGUUCAGCGAACACUGGAACUUGUUUUUUCUCUAUCUGGUUUAUUUCUCUACUUUCCUAUCACAACAGGUACCUUCUUCGGUACGAAAACUUGUUGCGUCAAGUAGAUUGUCGAGUCACUCUUGCCUACUGGGACUGGAGUCUGUUUUCCAUGUCACCCUGGAAUAACACCAGUGACAGAAUCUGGUACCCAGGCCCAUCUGGUCUUGGAGGCAACGGCAGUGAUGGAAGAAGUGGUGGCUGCGUCACCGAUGGACCAUUUUCUAGGAACGUUUGGCGUAAAACAAAUGGACGAUGCCUUAGGAGAAGAUUUAGCGGUGAGAAACAGCUUAUACCUACAUUUUCAAUCCUUCUUUUUUUUUUCUUUUCAUCUCCAGCUCCAAAUCCUGCCAACAGAUCCUUCCUUUCCCUUGCUCGAAUUUGGCGCACUCAAGAAAGACUCAUGAAUCGAGUGAGAUCCUUUUUGAGCAUGCCCAGCAUGUUGCCAGAAUAUAGUUUCGAAUCCAGACCUAAUGACCGUGCGCUAGCUACGGCGGGCUCAGUUCUUACCAUUGGUUUAUCAAUAAAAGGAUGCUCGCACUCGAAAAACCAGUUUGGCGAGAGAAAAAAGGUUGCCUAGUCUAGAAACUCGAGCUGUGGUGAUCUCAAAGGCUUGACCAGAUACAGGCAGAGUCUCUUUUUUUCUUCCUCGAUCAAGACGAGAAAAGGAGAGUUUGCUGGCAGGGUGUCAGCACCAUUUCUACGGUGUUUACUUUGCUCUCUACAUGAAAUGCGUCUGGCCUUCGGAUGUUUAUAAACACAUUUUCCAUUGUCCUUCAAUCAGAUUUUUUUCAAUUUUCAUCGAUUGUGACAACGUGAAUAUCCACCUGUCUAGCUGUAUUAUUGAUCUGCUUCUCGUAUUUUUUUGGUUCUUUUCACUAACAUUGUCCUCAUUAUUUAUUUUUUCAACACAGGAUUGCCUCCCGACAUAAUAGCCGUCUACAUAACUCAGUACUUUCAGCCUACGGACGACGGCUUCAACAGGUUUGAGCUUAACCUUCGAGUCAACCUCCAUGACACCGUGCACUGCAGAGUGGGAGGAGACAUGUGCCGGAUGACAUCAGCCAAUGCACCAGAGUUUUUUCUCCACCAUGCCUUCAUCGACAAGAUUUGGGCCAACUGGCAGGAGUAUAGCCAUCAACACAUGAUAGCACAUUUCUCUAAUCUAAGCUUCGUAAUGACUGGAACAAGAUGGUAUCGACCUCGCGAUUUCAUAAACACCCACGAUCUACCAGAUAUUCAAAUACCCCAAAUUAUAGAUGGUAGGAGAAUAUGUGUUUCUUAUGAGGAUCCAACACGUUGGGAAUACAACGAAAUCAUGAGACGCCUCAAAGGUAAUCGCAUAUUACAAAUUACAUUAUUCAAUGUAAGUGAGUCAAUAAAUUGAAGUUUCACUGCAGGCGCUUUGGCAGCGCCACAAACGUUUAACCUCUCAUUUUUGUUAAAAAUAUUAUUACUGCAGUUGUAAAAAUAAUUAUUAUUUUACCAUCAUCAUCAUCAUCAUCAUCAUCAUCACCAUCAUUAUCAUCAUCAUCAUCAUUAUCAUCAGCAUCAACAGCACCAUAACAGUAAGUGUCUAUUAACAUGUUCUCUCGAUUGAAAAAUUAUUGAAGAACAAUUAAGAUUGAUUUUAUAUCUUGCGCGAUCAUAACCUUGAUUCCUGUCACCUACCUGUUUUUUAUAUAGCAUUCAUAUUACAAGGACAAAUUUGGUGCUGAUCAUUCUUCGAGGUUAAAGGGUUAACCUGGCUUCAGUGACGGGUCUUCUUGCAGGUUUUCAAUUGUGUAGGAGGGCCCUCUUGUGGAAACUAAAGAAGAUAGACCUUCCUGUACAGUAUUCAAAAAUUUUCAACUCUACUAAGCAGGUAAUUUUUCUUUUAUUGCUUUAGAUAUGACGCUCCGAGAACUUCUUCAAAUUCCACGACACUCGUUUGCUCCCGUCAAUAAUCGCCAGAUGCGAUUUUUU